GCCGAGUCCAAGCUAGAAUAGCAAUGUCCUAGUAGCAGGAAAUACUUAACAAGUCUCUGUGUGUGUGUGAGGGAUCGGUCAAGGGUCAAGGAAAGAUAAAGGGCGCGCUCCCUCCCUCUGGUCCUCACCAACUUCGCAGCCACGGCCUCCGUAUAUAUAGCGGCUUCUCCUUCCUCCGGCAAGCUCAGCACACACACGCAGCCAAAGGCUGACAGCUCCGACCACGGAGUUGUUGUUCAAGCUCAAUUAAUUACUCUGAUCGAUCGACCGAGCUUUCAGGAACCGAAGCAAGAAUUGAUCGGAGAGGUAGCAGCAGCAAGCAGUAGUCUACGCUAGAGCCAUGGAUCGGGAGAUCCACCGGGUGACGAGCCUGCGUCGGGACAGCUCGCUAUGGCGGCGCGGCGACGACGUGUUCUCGCGGCAGUCGUCGCGGUUCCACGACGAGGAGGACGACGAGGAGGCCCUGCGGUGGGCGGCGCUGGAGCGGCUGCCGACGUACGACCGGGUGCGGCGGGGCAUCCUGGCGCUGGACGAGGACGGCGAGAAGGUGGAGGUGGACGUGGGGCGGCUCGGCGCCCGGGAGUCGCGCGCCCUCAUCGAGCGCCUCGUCCGCGCCGCCGACGACGACCACGAGCGAUUCCUCCUCAAGCUCAAGGAGCGCAUGGACCGCGUCGGCAUCGACUACCCCACCAUCGAGGUGCGCUACGAGAACCUCGAGGUCGAGGCCCAGGUGCACGUCGGCGACCGCGGGCUCCCCACGCUCAUCAACUCCGUCACCAACACCAUCGAGUCCAUCGGGAACGCGCUCCACAUCUUCCCGAGCAGGAAGCAGCCGAUGACCGUCCUCCACGACGUCAGCGGGAUCGUCAAGCCCCGGAGGAUGACUCUGCUGCUGGGGCCUCCCGGGUCGGGCAAGACCACCUUGCUCCUGGCGCUGGCCGGGAAGCUCGACAAAGACCUCAAGGUCUCGGGGAAGGUCACCUACAACGGGCACGGGAUGAACGAGUUUGUCCCCGAGAGGACUGCCGCGUACAUCAGCCAGCACGAUCUCCACAUCGGGGAGAUGACCGUGAGGGAGACAUUGCAAUUCUCGGCGCGUUGCCAAGGUGUUGGCACUAGAUACGAAAUGCUCACUGAGUUGGCCAGAAGGGAAAAGGCAGCGAACAUCAAGCCAGAUCACGAUAUCGAUGUGUAUAUGAAGGCUUCAGCUAUGGGUGGACAAGAAUCAAGUAUUGUUACAGAUUACAUACUGAAGAUAUUAGGAUUGGAGGCCUGUGCUGACACAGUGGUAGGAAAUGAGAUGAUGAGGGGUAUUUCUGGUGGUCAACGGAAGCGUGUCACAACAGGUGAAAUGCUUGUUGGUCCGGCAAGAGCUCUGUUCAUGGAUGAGAUAUCCACUGGACUGGACAGCUCAACCACAUACCAGAUUGUGAAUUCCCUUAGGCAGACUAUCCACAUCCUUGGCGGAACUGCAGUCAUUUCCUUGCUCCAGCCAGCGCCUGAAACAUACAACUUGUUCGAUGACAUAAUACUCCUCUCUGAUGGACAUGUUGUGUACCAGGGUCCCCGAGAACAUGUGCUUGAGUUCUUUGAGUUCAUGGGCUUCAGAUGCCCUGCCAGAAAGGGUGUUGCUGACUUCUUGCAGGAAGUGACUUCAAGCAAAGACCAGGGGCAGUACUGGUAUAGGCAGGACAGGCCAUACCGUUUUGUGCCUGUGAAGAAAUUUGCAGAUGCAUUCCGUACAUUCCACGUGGGCCGGUCCAUACAAAAUGAACUUUCAGAGCCGUUUGAUAGGACCCGGAGCCACCCUGCUGCUCUAGCUACUUCAAAGUAUGGUGUCAACAGGAUGGAGUUGCUCAAGGCCACUAUUGAUAGGGAACUUCUACUCAUGAAGAGGAACGCAUUUAUGUACAUUUUCAAGGCUGUUAAUCUUACUCUUAUGGCAUUUAUCGUAAUGACCACAUUUUUCCGUACCGAAAUGAAGCAUGAUUUUGUUUAUGGAAGCAUCUACAUGGGAGCGCUUUUCUUUGCCCUCGAUACAAUCAUGUUCAAUGGUUUCGCAGAGCUUGCCAUGACUGUCAUGAAACUGCCUGUUUUCUUCAAGCAGAGGGAUCUUCUCUUCUUCCCUGCAUGGGCCUACACCAUACCAUCAUGGAUUCUUCAGAUCCCUAUCACAUUUUUGGAAGUUGGGAUUUACGUUUUCAUCACAUACUUUGUUGUCGGAUUUGAUCCCAGUGUGGGCAGGUUCUUUAAGCAGUAUCUGCUGCUCCUCGCACUCAAUCAGAUGUCAUCUGCACUUUUCCGCUUCAUUGCUGGAAUUGGAAGAGACAUGGUUGUGUCUCACACCUUUGGGCCCUUAGCACUGUUGGCUUUCCAAACACUGGGUGGCUAUGUCCUUGCAAGACCUAAUAUCAAGAAAUGGUGGAUUUGGGGUUACUGGAUCUCUCCUCUAUCAUAUGCACAGAAUGCUAUUUCAACAAAUGAAUUUUUGGGGCGCAGUUGGAGCCAAAUUCAAAACGGAACAACCUUGGGAAUUGAUGUUCUCAAGUCUCGUGGCAUCUUUACUGAAGCUAAGUGGUACUGGAUUGGCCUUGGUGCCUUGAUUGGAUACACACUCCUCUUCAACUUGCUCUACACUGUAGCUCUUUCAGUUUUGAGUCCGUUCGCUGACUCUCACGGAUCACUGUCUGAAGAGGAAUUGAAAGAAAAGCAUGCCAACUUAACUGGUGAAGCCAUAGAGGGACAAAAGAAAAAGAAAUCUAAGAGGCAGGAAUUGGAGUUGUCCAACAGUGUUGGCCAAAACUCUGUGGCUACCAGUGAGGAUUCUAGUCAUAACAGGAAGGGGAUGGUACUCCCAUUUGCACCUUUGUCACUUACCUUUAACGACAUUAGAUACUCAGUCGACAUGCCAGAGGCAAUGAAAGCACAAGGCGUAAUAGAAGACCGCCUGCUGCUUUUGAAGGGUGUUAGUGGUUCUUUUAGGCCAGGAGUCCUUACUGCAUUGAUGGGUGUUAGUGGAGCCGGAAAGACUACUCUGAUGGAUGUAUUAGCAGGCAGAAAAACUGGAGGCUAUAUUGAGGGAGAUAUCACCAUCUCAGGCUAUCCAAAGAAACAAGAGACCUUUGCACGCGUAUCAGGAUACUGUGAGCAAAAUGAUAUUCAUUCACCACAUGUAACAGUAUACGAGUCACUAUUAUUUUCUGCAUGGCUGCGCCUUCCUUCAGAUGUUAAUUUAGAAACAAGAAAGAUGUUCAUCGAGGAGGUCAUGGAUCUUGUAGAGCUCACAUCAUUGAGGGGUGCACUUGUUGGACUUCCUGGAGUGAGUGGCCUGUCAACGGAGCAACGCAAGAGGCUAACUAUUGCUGUGGAGCUUGUUGCCAACCCAUCGAUAAUUUUCAUGGAUGAGCCAACUUCUGGUCUUGAUGCUCGUGCAGCUGCAAUUGUGAUGAGGACUGUAAGGAACACUGUCAACACUGGCAGGACUGUUGUUUGCACCAUCCACCAGCCAAGCAUUGACAUAUUUGAGGCAUUCGAUGAGCUUUUCCUAAUGAAGAGGGGAGGUGAAGAGAUAUAUGUUGGUCCAGUGGGCCAGAAUUCCUCUCAACUGAUUGAAUACUUUGAGGGAAUUGAAGGUGUUAGUAAGAUAACUGACGGAUAUAACCCAGCAACUUGGAUGUUGGAAGUGUCAUCUAGUGCCCAGGAGGAGAUGCUCGGGGUUGAUUUCUGCGAAAUCUACAAGCAAUCAGAAUUAUACCAAAGGAACAAGGAACUCAUAGAGGAGCUGAGCACACCACCUCCUGGCUCUAGUGAUAUUAACUUCCCUACGCAGUACUCAAGAUCGUUCCUUACUCAAUGCCUAGCUUGCUUGUGGAAGCAGAAGUUAUCAUAUUGGAGGAACCCAUCUUACACAGCAGUUAGACUACUCUUCACCAUCGUCAUUGCACUCAUGUUUGGAACCAUGUUCUGGGACCUUGGUUCAAAAACUAGAAGACAACAGGAUCUGUUCAAUGCCAUGGGAUCAAUGUAUGCUGCAGUUCUGUAUAUUGGAGUUCAGAACGGUGGUUCUGUUCAACCAGUGGUGGUGGUGGAGCGAACAGUCUUCUACCGAGAAAGAGCAGCUGGCAUGUAUUCAGCUUUCCCAUAUGCAUUUGGACAGGUUGUGAUUGAAUUCCCGUACGUCUUUGUCCAGACUCUGAUAUAUGGUGUGCUGGUCUAUUCGAUGAUUGGAUUUGAGUGGACUGUUGCCAAGUUCCUCUGGUACCUGUUCUUCAUGUACUUUACGCUGCUCUACUUCACGUUCUAUGGGAUGAUGGCGGUUGGUUUGACUCCGAAUGAAAGCAUAGCGGCUAUCAUCUCAUCAGCGUUCUAUAACGUGUGGAACCUCUUCUCAGGAUAUCUGAUCCCUCGACCUAGAAUUCCUGUCUGGUGGAGGUGGUACAGCUGGGUCUGCCCGGUCGCGUGGACGCUGUAUGGAUUGGUCGCCUCCCAGUUUGGUGACAUCCAACAUGAAAUCGAAGUUGGGGUUGGGGGUCAGAAAAAAACCGUGGCGCAGUUCAUCACAGAUUACUUUGGCUUCCGUCACGACUUCCUGUGGGUCGUGGCAGUGGUGCACGUUGCCCUGGCCUUUUUCUUCGCGUUCCUUUUUAGUUUCGCUAUCAUGAAGUUCAACUUCCAGAAGAGAUGAGAGCGGGAGGCCCAGGCCAUUCGUAAUUUUGCAUUCAUUUAUUGUCAGAGGAUGCACAUCACGGUUACUGGGUAGCAUCCACUGCAAAUCAGUUAAAAGUAGGUAUCAUGUAAAUGGUAGAAAUAUUUUGUAAUUUUACAUUUCAAGCAUGUAGUAGAAAUAUUAGAAGAGGCUAACAAAGCCUUGUAAAGAGUUGAGCCUCCUGCUGCCCUGACCAGCUGUAGCUGGUACCUGUCAAAGGCACGGAGAGCUUCUCGGAGAGUGUAAACCAUAUACCGUCGUUCUAACGAAUCAAUGGAACCAGAAAUUUUGUGCA